AAUUAUUAGUAACACUGAAGGAACGUAGUCCGUUGUUACCUUUGCAUUGUGAAUGUUUGUCUGAAUCCUAAAUAUUAAGCACCAAACCAACACAGCUAUUUAGUCAAGUUGUUCACCUGUUGCCAUUACACCACGUUACCCGAAGGCCCUCAUAKAUUGAGGAAACAGUGCGCAGCUUCUUCUGCGGAACAAAUUACUCUUAGAUAAAAGAACCAUGUCGCCACAGAUUGACAACAAGGAGACAGGACUCCGAAAGCGGAAUAUUCACAGACAAGAAAAAAGAACUGGUAUUGGAGGCACUCCUGACACCAAAAACUCCAAAGAAUCCUCCCUAUUGAGGAGCCUUAUACCAACACCUCUGCGGCAUUGCCUAUCWGGUCAGGAGAACGAUAAGACACAAAACAYGCUGUUGAAACCUAAGCACGAAGACACGGAUGAUUCAAUGCCCCCUACSAAAUCAUGCAGUGACUUUUCCUCAUCUUCCACUUCAUUAUCCGACAAGGAAGGCGACAACAGUGAUACAUGCGGCAAAGCGUUCCCUGACGAUCGGUCGGAAUCGUGUACCCCUCUCAAUGUUAGCUACAACACGUGCACAACGGUGUCAUCUAAUUCAGAAUCAAGCAACCUAGACUCGGAUUACACCGCUCUUGAUUCUGAAUGCGAUUACGAAACAGGUGAUAACCGCUUCUCGUUCUUGACAUUCCGCCUUAGCUAUCUUUUUGUCACCCUUGUGGUAAUGCUUGCAGACGGGCUGCAAGGUAAGAUCCAUACUUUCACACGAUGCCUUAUGGAAUCACUWGCGACUUUUCUUGCAYAACAGUUUUUCUAUUUGAUUCUUAUUAAAUCUUUUCUUGAUUCUAAAUAAUAUUCCAGGUACCCAUCUUUAUGUUUUGUACGAAGGAUAUGGAUUUUCCGUUGCGUCCCUUUACUGCUUGGGAUUCAUCACUGGAGCACUUACAGCUCCCAUCACUGGUCCGYUGAUCGAUAGAUUCGGACGAAAGAAAUCGGCAUUGCUUUACUGCGCAUUGGAAGUUGGCAUCAACAUGCUCGAGCAAUUUCCCUUUUUGAGCGGUCUCAUUGUGAGCCGCGUUGUAGGUGGUAUCACGACCAACUUGCUUUCCACUGUGUUUGAGACGUGGUUGGAUACGGAGUAUCGAAACAGAGGUUUUGCGAAAGAAGACUACGAAACUCUCAUGCGAGAUUCCGUUGUAGUAAGCAAUUUGGCAGCGAUUGCCUCCGGUUACUUGGCUCAURUACUGGCAGAAUCUUUUGGCAACACCGGACCGUUUGAAGGCGCUGUGACUUGCACAGCAGUUGCAUUCGUAGUCAUUUUCUUCUUGUGGAAUGAAAACUAUGGAAAGAUUGGWCAAGAGGCCGAGGGAGACGAAAACAMCUCUAAAUCGUCGUUGACUCAGUUGAGUGAAACUCUAACAUUCAUCCGCUCAGACUCUCGAGUUCUUCGUGUGUGCAUCACUCAAGGUCUUACCCUUGGAUCCCUCCACAUUUUCAUCUUCUUGUGGUCUCCGCUGCUGAAGGAAUUCGCUGCAGGUUCAAACGGAGCGGUUUGGGGACUGGACACGCAAGGAGAACCAGCCUACGGACUGAUUUUUGGCGCCUUCAUGGCAGCCGGUGUAUUGGGUGGACUUUGCUCUUCUACRGUCAGGAAAUUUGUCACCUUYAUCUUAUCACCAUUGACCAAGGGUCAAGUCCCCGAGACUGUCACAGUUGAUGACGAAGAACCUGUUCGGGCAAUGGAUAUUGAAUUCCAAGGAGCACUUUGCUAUUUCUUUUGUGCCAUGCUGCUACUUGCUCCGUCCUUGUUGCCGGCGACCGGAGAAUACACAUUUUCGAUUGCCCUUUUCUCGUUURUCGCUUACGAAUUUUCUGUAGGGAUCUACUCGCCCUGUGAAGGAGUCAUGCGAUCGAUUUAYAUUCCACCAGAGUCUCGUGGUUCAGUCAUGACUGUGCCAAGCAUCAUCGUAAAUGUGGCUGUUGCAAUGGCUGUUGUUUCCACCGAGGCGAUCUCACGGCAAUCGGCCCUCUUCGUGAUCGCAAUGAUGAUGACGACCUGUGGUUUAUUGCAACUUUCUCUCGUUUCGAAGAAAGAAUGGGCAAGUCUAUUUGGAAGGAUCGAUCGUGUCAAACGACAGUCCAUGUCGUCCCUGCGAUCUCUCUCUUCGUUUGGGGAUGACAUGUCCUGGACUUCAGCUCUUAGACGAGAKAAGGUUGAGUAAGGCAAGRCRAAGAAGACCGGAUGGCCUUARUAACCAGAACAAAACGCACACAUGUUG